UGAGAAGGAAACAGGAUUCUCUGUCUAUAUUAUUGUUUUCAUUAAUUCCAUUAUUCCGAAGACUUGAUUAUGCUUAGAACCUCGAGCAAAUUUUCCACGAAGUUGUAGUGAUGACAGGGUUAUUCAACUCAUUGUCCAAAAGCUCUCUUCUCUACUCUUUUCUGACGUGUGUUAUAACCAGUUGCAACUAUGUAGACGAAUCGCAACCCGAAUUCAAAGCACUCACUUUUUGCAAAGAUGUGAAGUACAACGAUAAAAGAUAUGUACUGAUAAGUACUUUAGACGGGACACUUUCUGCUUUAAACGUCGAUGAUGGAGGAAGCCUGCUGUGGAGUCUACCUACAGGGGACUCGCAAAUGUUAUCUUCAAGUAUUCAUAGACUUGAGCUCACAAAUCGUGGACAGUACAUUCGGAUGAUUCCAUCCCUGAGUGGCAAUUUGUAUAAGUUUGACGGGAAUUACAUCGAACCCGUGCCCAUCAGUGCAAACCACCUUUUGCAAAACUCCAUUCGCUACUCUGACGAUGUGAUCUCCGGCGGCAGAGAGUCAAUGACUUACGGAGUCGAGUUGGACACAGGACGUGUCAUGUACGAAUGCACCAUGAAGGGAUGCGAGCGCAAUUUCACAGGGAAAGUUAGUGAAGGUGACAUCCUGGUUGUUCAGCGGCAGUCGCAAACUAUCAGAGCGCUCGAGCCAAGGUCUGGCGAGGAACGCUGGAAUUUCAGUGUUGCUCAACACGACGUGCGAUUGCUCGCUGAUCCAAACGCAGACUGUCACACCAGGGAGAGGAUCACUGAUGAUGACCUGAUUAUCAAGGUUGUUGUGCCUGAUGGCCUUGUUUGUGCCGUGAGCAAGGAGAACCCAUCUCAAGUCGUCUGGAGUCACAAGUUCAAAUUUCCUGUCGUCCACGCUUGGCAGUACCAGCAGGGUGAAGUGAAGGCUGUGGACUUGUUUAGCGGUUAUUACCAGUCUACAAGCCACGCCCAAUUCAUGCCGUGUGCACCUUCCUUAUACAUCGGAAUACACAAAAAACAGGUAUACAUUCAGGAAAGCGUUCAACUUCAGCACAGCGUGGCCGAAGACGUGAUACCUCUUAUCACAAAUGGGAAACCUGCGGUCAUACCCUGGAUUCCCUUCCCUGCGUCUUCAUCUGCGAUCGGCCUCAUUGAUUCCAAUGACAAACCACUGCUGACCGACGAAAAGGAGGGUGACAAGACGACGGCUUUGUCACAGUCUGUGCUGUACGCAUCUGAAUAUGCAAAUGGAAAUGGAUUUUUUUUGCUGACACCAGAGGACAAGGUCUGCAACAAGAAUAGCACGAUAUCUUUAGAGGGAAACGCUUCUCAGUAUAUUGGGGGAGAUGAGAAAUUCCUCACACCAUUUGAGCGCUGGUGGGUGGAGGUUGUCAUUAUUUUUGUCUCUCUGGCGUUUCUUGCCCACUUCUUUCACACGCCAAAGAAUCAGGCACAGCCCCGUCGAUUAACUAGCUACCUUCCUAUUACGUCUGACCAUCAAUUCAAUUCGAGCUCCAACUUUGAAUUUAGACAAAAUUCAAGCAACAGGAACUCUGAGUGCGAUAAUAAAACUCCAGAGUUCUCAUCUCGGUACCUGGAUGAUUUUGAACAAAUCAGAUGUCUAGGAAAGGGAGGCUUUGGAGUUGUUUUCGAAGCUAGGAAGAAAAUCGAUGAUUGCCACUAUGCUGUCAAAAGAAUUUUGCUUCCUAACAGGAAAGAGUCACAAGAAAGAGUGAUGAGGGAAGUGAAAGCUCUUGCAACCCUUGGCCACGAAAAUAUUGUGCGCUAUUAUCAUUCUUGGAUAGAGUGUCCACCUCCUGGCUGGCAAACGGAGCAAGACAAAUUCUGGCUCAACGAUCUUGCAUCAAGGGAUUCACUGCUCCCGAGCGAUUUUGGAAUGGAGUACAGCCAGACAAGCAGCAAGCACCCUUGUAGAAACGUUUGGAAUGACUCCGUCUGCUUGAACAUGCCAACAGACGAUAGCAGCAGUUUGAGAAGACCCAAUGGCGCCGAGAUGAGCGACUCUUUUAUCCAGUUCAAAGACGACACGCCCCAAAGAAAAGAAAUAGUUGAAGAUUCUGAUGAUACAGAAUCCUUCGUCAAGUUCAGGCAUGAUACGCAAGAGUCUGUUAGCAACAGUCUUGAACUGCAGCCACAUGUGCCUUUGAACAUUCCCACGAGUGCAACCGAGAGCUGUGAAGAGGAGGACCUCGAAGUUUCAACUGACUCGGAGCAAAUUAAGUUGGCUCCAUCGCCCACGUUCCUCUACAUCCAAAUGCAGCUGUGCAAAAAGGAGAGCCUGCGUGAAUGGCUCCAAAAGAGAAACGCCGGUGACUUCUCUGAGGAGGAGUCAAGCGAUUUCUCUUUUGAGAAAUCGAUGUUUUAUUUUCAACAAAUCACCUUGGCUGUGGAGUACAUUCACAACCAGAAUCUUAUUCACCGAGAUCUCAAGCCAUCAAACGUUUUCCUCUCCAUUGAUGGUCAUGUGAAAAUAGGAGAUUUCGGGUUGGUUACCACGAUGGCAGAUCCAGAUAAUGGGAGGACACCAAGCUUGGAGGAAAAGAAGUUCCAAAGUGCUUUUGCUGACAAUGAUCGGCACACUGCUAAUGUUGGCACUCGCCUCUACAUGAGUCCAGAACAGAUUUUGGGUCUGCCUUAUGGACACAAAGUGGAUAUUUUUUCCUUGGGGCUAAUUUUGUAUGAAAUGUUGGUGCCAUUCGGGACCUUGAUGGAGCGAGCACAGAGUCUGCAGUUGGCCAGAGAGGGUCUCUUCCCAGAUAGCUUCUCUACGCAAUAUAAGAAUGAGUCUGAAUUGGUCCGGCUCAUGUUGUCGCACUCGCCAGAUGAAAGACCAACAGCUUCACAAGUUCGCCAAAAGUUGCAGUCUUCAAUCUCCUCUUCUUAAUGGUAGAAAUCAUUAGUAGAAGUAAUCUGCGUUAAAAUAAGUGAUCCAAAUAUCAACCCGUUUAAGAUGUUUGAAAUUUUAAGGGCCUCUUACUUCUCAAAAGGCAUAGUUUUGAGGCUUUUUUUAUUUAAUCCUAACAAAUCCAGCUAUUUAAUUGAGUAUUUGCUCAUUAGUGUCGACGAUCAUACAUCCCAAUUUUUCUCCUUGGACUGAUUUAACUAAAUCUUUACUUAAACAAGUUGCCUAUUGUGUUUUGAAUAAAUGUAAAGUGAUAUAAAUGUGAA